GAGCCCAGGGAGGAGGGGGGUGACCGGGGCGCAAGGCAUGUGAACGGCCGGCCGAUCCAGCUGCACUCUCUCCUCUCUGCUGCUGCUGCUGCCUCGGGGGGAAUUAAAUUAUUUCAAAACAACCACACAAGAGGAGGUGUACUGCUGAAUAAAGGGCUGCUGACAGAGAGGGGUACGAAGAUGACGACCGGGUUUUUGGGCCCGCUGUAAGGACAGGAAAGAAGGCGAUAUGGCAGUGCAUGUUUUCAAAUGCCUGCGCCGGCCCGGGCGAUAGAACAACCAACAGGUAGUAGGAGCUCAAGUUUUGUCGCGUCAAAAGGCGGCAGGUGGAGUACAAAACCGACUGACUUGGCAGGCGUCUGUGGUUUCUGUGUGUGUUUUGAGAGUGAGUGUGUAGGGCCACCCAGUGUUUUGACAGAAGAGUUAUGGAAUAUGAGGAGCCCGACGUGCCCCCCGCUGACAACCCUAUUAAAAGAGCUCAGAUUGAAGUUAUCCCGUGUAAGAUCUGCGGUGAUAAAUCCUCUGGAGUGCAUUAUGGAGUCAUCACUUGUGAGGGCUGCAAGGGAUUUUUCCGGCGUAGCCAGCUGCCUACCGUAUCCUACUCCUGCUCCAGGCAGAACAAUUGUCAGAUCGACCGGGCCAGCCGCAACCGCUGCCAACACUGCCGCCUGCAGAAGUGCUUAGACCAGGGCAUGAGCAGAGAUGCGGUUAAGUUUGGACGGAUGUCCAAACGUCAGCGGGACUCUCUGAUCGCUGAAGUGGAGAGGCACCGACAGCAGCAGCAGCAGCAGCAGCAGCAGCAGCAGCUUCAGGGAGACGCCCAGUCUCUCUUGUCCUUCCCCACCAAGGCUCGUCAAGACUGCUCCCCACAGCUCCUUCAGCCCAUGGCCUCAGCCUACUCCUUCACCGGGGGGGCCGAGCUGCUGUCCUACACCGCUGAUGUUCACCCUUACCUGGUGUGUUCCCCGAAUGAGACGCAGGUGUCGGGUAUGAUCUACCGAGGCUCAGGUGUGUCUCCCACAUCGAGAUCCCAGGGAAGGGGGGACAACAGUGGACACCCCGACAUAAGAGAAUUUGACUCCAGACAGCCAUCUCAUGAUCUCGUGGGGAUUCACCCCUACAAUCCUCUGGAGGAUCCUUACAGCCUCUAUCCUCACUCUCUGAGAAACAUAGAUGAGCUGUGUGCCAGCAUUGUGCGUUCCCACAGAGAGACCAGCAAGUACAGAAUGGAGGAGCUGCAGGCUCUCAGAUGGAAACUGUUUAGCAGAGAGGAGAUCCAAGCCUACCAGAGCAAAUCGGUGGAUGAUAUGUGGCAGCACUGCGCCAUCCGACUGACUGAUGCCGUGCAGUAUGUUGUGGAGUUCGCGAAACACAUCCCAGGCUUCCGUAUGCUCAGCCAGAACGACCAGAUUGCUCUCCUGAAGACUGGCUCCAUGGAGGUAGUUUUGGUCAGGAUGAGCCGCUUCUUCAACACAGAGAACAACACAGUCUUCUUCGAUGGGAAAUUUGCUGGAGCUGAAGUCUUCAAGUCUUUGGCAUGUGGUGAUUUAAUCACAGCGGUGUUUGACUUUGCUCACGGUAUGUGUGCUCUAAAGCUCACCGAUCAGCAAAUCGCUCUCUUCAGUGCUCUGGUGCUGAUCAACACAGAUCGUCCAUGUUUGGAGGACAGAGGAAAAGUUCAGCGAGUGCAAAGAAGCGUGGAGUUUGGACUCACACACAUUCUACACCGAGACAACCAAGAAAGUCUAAUGCACAAGCUGUACCAGAGGAUGGCAGUGUUGCGUUCACUGUGCAGUCUGCACAUGGAGAAGCUGCGCUGGUUCAGUCAGCGUUACCCGCUCACUGCUCACUCUCUUUUCCCUCCACUCUACAAGGAGCUGUUCGCCUCUGAGGCAGAGCUGCUGCCGGGAACCAUUCACUGAUGAUUCACUAGAAUAUGCAAAGACACACAUUCACACAUUAUUUCAAGUCUCAUAAUUACUUCCUGACAGAAUCUAUUUUUCUAAUAAUGACAGUAAAUGAGAAAAGCACAGUAAUCAUAGCGUGUUAAGUAUUACAUGAAUUCCAGCAGAGCUUUUUUGGUAGAUUGUGUCGAACGUACAUUUCAAUAUUUUGAUAGCUUAAAACUAUUUUGAUUAUACCAGGGAAAUUGUUGUUCUUUGACAGCACAUUGCCAGUGAGGUACGGUAUUCAUUUUCUCUCAGGAUGUGCCCUUGUGAGUCACAGUUACUGUGUGUCACAGUGUGUCAGACAGAGAUUCAAAGAGGCAGGACACAAUCGUUGUCAACUGAAACUUAAAAAGGUAGUCCAACCAAAAUCUAUCUUUAGAAAUAAAUAUAUACAGUACAAAUAGAAAAAUAAAAUAGAUCUCUCAGUCCUCCAAGCAAAAUAGCCUGCACCCACAUAUUACAUACAUAUUUAAAGGUUAAUAUAUUGCAUAAUACAUUCUCCCUUCAAAACAGGAAAUAUUGGGUGUAUGUUAUUUACAUCAGUGUUAAACACACCCAGAAAACAAGAGACAACCUGCUUCUUUGUAUCUGUACGUCUGUAGAGAAAUGUCUCUCCUCAGGUUGAUAAGUCCUACAAAGCAGCAGUACCUCUCAAAUGUUAUCCUUUGUGUUUAAAUAAAUCCUCACAGGCUUGUAUGUCUUUUGAGCUUGAAAAUUUGUUGCAUUAAAUGUAGAAAUUGAAUUUAAAGUGUGAGAGGUACAGUAGAAGUCUCUUCCUCCGUGUGCAAACUUUUCCUUUUUUUUCAGAUUAAGUUACAUAUUGUAUGUUUUGUUUUGUUUACAUAUCUUUGACUAAAGCCAUAAGUAAAGAUAUAAUGAUGAGAGGUUUCAGCAUUAAGUACUGUAUGUCCGGAUGUAGUCCUCUCUGUUCCUGGAACAGCUGAGAUUAUGAUGAAGAUAAUUCCAUGUAAAUCU